CCGUUUGAUACAGCCUAAGCCCUGUGUCCCCUGGUUGAACCCAAUUUAACUGUCACUUACCCGCAGAGGAGUCGAGUCCAGUUCUUUCCUAGCGAGAAAUUGCCAAUCCACAACAUUGCGCCGGGAGACAAAUGGCAUGGUCAGAUUUGCUCAUAACAUUUGGCAUUCCCUCCCUCUCAUACGGCGGAGGUGCAGAGUUCAAAUUCUCCACGAGUUUCUCAGCGAUUUUGUGACUCUCCUAUCAGAAGUGUUGGGCUAUCGCAGAGAAAAGCACGCACUGGAUUAAGUACCCCAGGCAAGGGCGUUUUGCAGAACGAAUUAUGAUACGGCGGUGCGCUCUAUUCGUUGCGGUUGUUGCUGUGCUUGUGGGAUUGUACCUCAUGCCCUCUCCUAUUGACCCUGAGCCAUUCAUAUUUGAGGGGCCCCCACCAGCCCUUGAGGGCCCCUUGAAGGUGAACAACAGGCUUCAGCAGGGUCGCAGGCUCUUCUCUGGACAGCUAAAGGGGCCUGAAUCUUUUACUGCUGAUGAAGAGGGGAAUGUAUACACCGGCACAGUGGAUGGCAAGCUGUGGAGGAUCCAUCAGGAUCAGCUGCACUUCAUCACACAGAUGGGGCAGAACAUCCCAGAAUGCGGGACCAGUACAGACUACGAGCCAGUGUGUGGCCGUCCUCACGGGUUAAGACUGGACAGCGAGGGACAGCUCAUUGUGGCAGACUCUUACCUGGGUUUGUUCCGGGUCAACCCACAGAGCGGGGAGAAGACCCUGCUGCUGUCCAGCAAGGAAGGUGCCGACGGGAUCCCGUUUGGCUUCCUGAACGGUCUGGAAAUCUCUGGGAACGGCACGGUGUUCUUCACCGACUCCAGCAGCAGGUGGGGCAGGAGGCACGUCCGCUAUGAGGUGAUUGAGACCAACCACCUGGGGCGUCUCCUGACUUACGACCCAGAGACAGGACUUGUAAAGACGCUUCUAGACUCCCUCUACAUGCCCAACGGUAUCGCUUUCUCACCCGAAGAGGACUUCCUGCUGAUGGCCGAGACCAGCAUUGGCCGAAUACUCCGGUAUUGGUUGAAAGGGCCCAAGGCUGGCACCAAGGAGGUUCUCUUGAACAACAUGCCCGGUUACCCUGACAACAUCCGGGCCAGUGACCGUGGCACGUUCCUCGUGGGCAUCACCACCAUCCGAUUUCCUGGCCGGCUACUGCCCCCCUUCUUGGACCUAAUUGGGCCCUACCCAGUCAUAAAGCGCUUCAUGACCAAGGUGGUCCCACUGAGCUGGUACAGCAUACUGCUGCCCAGAUACGGCCUGGUUCUGGAGCUGGGCCCGAACGGGGAGGUGCUGGACAGCCUGCACGACCCCAACGGCAGCCUGACGUGGGCCGUCAGCGACGUCUUCCAGCACGGGGGCCGAGUCUACCUGGGGAACACCGAACUGCCCUUCCUGCCCGUCCUGGAGGAGGCCAGAUAACACUGGCUCUCGGAGGGCGGCGGUAGGCACCGGGGGAGGUGGGGGUUGAUGCCGAGGGGCCAAGGGCCUGGACAGUGCGUGCAUGCUGUAUUGCACACAACACAAAGUCUGAGGAAGCUGAAGAGCAAAUUACAGCUCAGCCUAAGUCAGAUACUUCUGCUCGCUGGUGGGGAAUUUUUGCAGACAUCAGGAGUUAAUUUGCACAGUACUUUAGCCAUUAAUCAACUGCGCAGGGUUUUGCAGUUUCCUGGCAGCAGUUCCUGAACUGGCCAUCUAAUCAUCCCCCACUUUAAUUAGCCAAAUAACCUGUGCCCUCUCCCUCAUCCUAUGUGUGAGGAUAUAAGUGGCCACUGCAGGGAGGGAGGGGGUGGUGCUACACAUGAUUGCUGAUUUUCUCAGCCUUCCUCCCUCUCCAGCAUCAGUAUAGAGAGCUCCAAGAAAGGUGCUACAUAAACACCACUAGUCAUCAUCAUACCUGCUGCCAACAUCAAGUGUGGUCUCAAUUGAAGCCCAGCAGGUUAAGUUUUGAAUUUUUUCAUUGGGUCAUUGGACUGCAGGAAAUCUAAUUAAAUGGACUGUGAGUUUGGGACCACCCGUAGGGACCUACACACAUGACAAGAGAUCCCAGCAAAGGUUUAAACACGUACACUGUUCAUUUGCAACAGCAACUAAUUUGAAUCUUUUCCCCCAAUAGUUUACCUAAUAACACUGUAGAAAUGUUGUGAUGUAAUUACGCUGUGGUCACAAUUACCUGUGGUAAUGGUUUGCAUUUGAAUAAAGCAUAAUUACAUUGCA